AUGGCGGACACAAAGGUCGCUCAAACGGCGAGCGUGACCAUCAUGCUGAUGACUUUUAUCACGCUGACAGUCGUGAUGAGGACCUUUGUACGAAGUGUCCUACUACGGAGCUUGGGCUGGGAUGACACACUCGUGCUCAUCAGCUGGGUUCUUGCCAUGGCACUAUGCAGUGCAAUUCUAGCCAUGACUGGCGUGGGCUUGGGCUCCCACUUUCAAGACGUUUCGAAGUCAGACUUUGCCGAAUUCUUAAAGUUCCAAGUCGUCACACAACUCACAUACAUCUGGGCAUUUGUGACUGUAAAAAUGUCUUUCGCAGUUCUUUACCUUCGGCUGCUCCCCGAUCAGGUCUACCAGCGUAUUAACAAGUUUCUCAUCGUUUUGCUGCUCGCGGAGGGAAUCGAAGAGACUGCCGUCGUCAUCUUCAGAUGCACUCCCAUCGAAAGAGCUUGGACACCGUCCGUACCAGGAACAUGUCUAGAUUUGACCAUCUUCUACUACUCUGCUUUCGUCAUCAAACUAUUGACAGACUUGGUAUUGUUCAUUCAACCAAUCCCGACUGUCUGGAAAUUGCAACUUCCGAUGGCAAAGCGAGUGGGGGUCAUCAUUAUGUUGUCUCUGGGCUUAUUGGUUUGUGUCAUUUCCGUCAUCAGAGUGAGCUACAUCAAUGCUUUUGACCGCGACGUUACUUUCUUGGUCGCCGACCCCUUACUCUGGUCAGAAGUCGAAGUCUGUGCCUUGAUCAUUUGCUCCGGCGUUCCAUCUUUACGACCGUUGAUAGCCCGUUUCCCUGUCCUCAACAAGGCUCUUGGCCUGUCGACGGGAAAAUACUCCAAAGUAUACUAUCCCAAUCAGCGAACGACGAUAGGCGGAUCGAAGCCAUACUUGGGCCAGAAUGCGUAUGCACGAGCAACCCAGGGGAAGGCCGGCGGAAAACUCUCCGUCAGCUCGAGUUCGUACGGGACUUCAACACGUGCGACUACUGAGAGUAUGGAGAAUAUCCUACCUCUGGACCUCGACAAACCAUCAUUAGCACACAGCGUAGAGAUGGGCAUCAUCAAGGUGAAGAACGACAUUCCUUCAUCGCAACUACAGAUGACACCGUCACAAUACGUGAUGGAAGAUCCAUACUUUCCCGCCGGGCGGCCAAUGGCCAGGCGGAAAAGUCGAGGGAACAUUGGGAACAUCCGCGACGGCACAGGCUGGAUUUCCGAUGAUUGA